GCGCGAGAAGCCUCUCACGUUCUUCGCUGCAAAGUGAAGAAUCACUGACCUUUCUCCCAAGCGUUUCUUUACCACUCUGGGCGCAUGCGCGCGCGCGCAAACGCUCCACGGUGCGUUUUCUUUGCGCAUCCUCAAGAGGCUCAGGCUCUCGACAGCGUCCAGGAAGCCACAAACUCUGUCCUCUUGGUUUCCUCGAAGAAACGGCUCACUGCUUCAAUCGCCGGCGCCGUGGGUGGACGCCUGCAGCUCAGGUAACGAGUUGUGGAGACUGCGGUCGGACUGAAGGUCUUCAGUUGCAGGAAAACGGAAACUUUUCUGUCGCUUCGAAGGCAGUCAUCCACACAUGGUGAAAGGUCUCUCGAAACCUCGCAGUCUGACAUCUUCACUUGGUCGAAAAAAGAAGGCAGAGAGUGACUCAUGCAACAGUUCUUCUCAACCAGCGCGUCCCUCGCACAUUCGCUUCUCGCGGUGAUUGGACCCUCCAAGCGUCGAUCUGAGAGCGAGCAAGUGAAGGCGAAGCUCAGGAGGUACAAGCGACCAGUUUGUACCUAGUUGACGCCUCAGUUAAAGCAGAACAUUGUCUCUGUACAAAUGAUCUGCCAACCAGAACACCCAAGACAGAAAGGAGAACGAGCGCGAUGGCGGCUUGAGUCUCCUUGUGAAGGCUGAGGCCCUGCGUCUUCAGCUACGACCUCUGCCAUCUUUAUUUUUUCGCCACUAGACUUCUUCCUCCUCACCAUAUUCUGUCUCAUUUCUGUACUCCUUCUUACCCUAUUCUUCCUCUUCUAUUUUACGUCAUUCCUUUCCUUCAUUUUCUCUCGUCGACCUCAACAACUUUUCCUCGUCGAUUUCCGCAGUCCAUUCGCGCCCCUCAUCUUCUCCAUCUCCGUCGUCUUCUCCUUAUCUCCUUCGUCUUUUUCAUUUCGAUUUUCUUCCUCGUCUCCCUUCCCAGCUCGUUCUCUCUCUCGCGCUCCAUCUUCUUCACCGUCUUUGCCUUGUUUCUCGUCGCGUCUCUUCACACUCGUUCUCGCACUCAAGUUUUCUUCUCUCUCCGUUUCGACGACGAUGGCGGACGGCGCCAGCGCCCAGACUGUGGAGUCGCAGCCUGCGACGGAGUCACCCGCCGCUUCGGCUGUCUACGCAGGUCCGUCGGAGAGGCUCUGCGUCGUCUGUCAAUCCAAGGAAGGCAUCUACCGCUGUUCACGGUGCCUCAGACGCACCUGUUCUCUCGCUUGCUACAAAGCUCACGAAAAACGCCCUGGCCAGCAACGCGAGGUCUUUCGGUCGUCGUCUUCCUCUGCCUGUGCCUCUUCCUCUGCCUCUUCUUCUCUCUCUUCGUCUUCUUCUGGCGCUUCCGCAGAGGGGGGAUGUCCGCUGCUGAGGUCGAGAGUGGACUACGUCGCUCUGCGCGACUUCGACGAAAAGUUCCUUCUCCGCGACUUCCGGCUCGUGGAGGAGGCUGCGCGCGUGGUUGAAGCGGCCGCGAGGCACUGGCGGCGCGAAGCCGAUGAGUGUGCUCACCGGAACCGGAAAAGGCGCAGCGUCCAUCCGCAGCACUUGCGAGCCUUGUGCGUCUCCCGGGGGAUUCGCUUUCUCUUUUGUCCGCCGAAUUUCUCUCGAAGAAAAGUAAACACGACGCGCGUUGUCCAGCGACGCAGCGCGACGCCGAAGCCUGGCCAGCAAGGACAGAGUCGCCAUGCGGAGUCCACAGCUCCGCAAGCAGAGAAACGCGAGCAGGAACGGAUCUCGAGAACAGCGAAAAGUGAAGAAGGAACGGACCCGUCGGCAGAGGAGGAGGCAGAGAGAACUGCUGUGGCUGGAACAGCUGAAGCAGCGUCGCAUGCGAGGGCGCGCGGCGACCUGGACGAGAAAGGACAGGACGACGGAGAGAAAGGGGAACAAGGCGAAGAAGGCGAAGAAGGCGAGGAAGACGACGAAGGAGAAGACGGUCACGAAGCGCCAGUCCUCCGCGCCGGAGACAGCAGCGAAAGCAAGGCCGUCGUGAACAGUGGUUCCGACUCUUCUGAGUCGAAACAGGCCUCUCCGUCGGGGCGGGUGACGAAGCCGUCGACUGCGCCGGCGGGAGGCAAGAAGGAGGAGAGCAGCGCGAUUGAGUGGCGCGUCGUGUUUCACUUCCGCGAGCUGUAUGUACACCGCGUGCUUCCCGCUGUCCACGAAGACUUGCCGAUCUACCAAGUUCUGGCGGAGCUGCUCGACGCGGAGGGGGAGCGCGGGAUGUCUCGCGACACAGAGGGCGCAGCGGAAGGAGAAACGGAGAGCGAAGACGACAGGGACGGAUCGGCCGCGAGUGGGGAGAAAAGAAAGAAGGGAGACAGCAGGCAGGAGGCUGUGGCUGGGCAGAAGAAGCCGCGAACGGAGAAGGGAGUGCAGCGCCACACAGAGACGACGGCGUCAUGUCCCUCUCUCGCGAAACAUCUCGCGAGGCGAGAGGAACUCGUUCUCCUCCUCCCCUCCGUUGGACUGUCCUGCAGACGGUCGUGUAGCCCUUCGAGCGUCUGGCCCUCUUCUCCUUCGCUUCCUUCCAGCUCGGUGAUCAUUCCAGCUCGGAAAUGCGACAGAGGCUGGACUCUUCGAGAGGCCUUGAGCGGCACCGUCGUCGUCGAGUUUCCCGAGUUCUUCGUCGCACUUCCAGAAGAGCUCUCCAGUUUUGACUGCGUGCAGCCGACCGCGGUGCCGCCGCCGCUCGCCUCGCCGGGGGAACCGCGUGGAAUUGUCGCUGCUGGGUUCGGCGCGCCUGCGUCACGACGGUCUCCCGCGGCCUUCGGCGCGUCCUCUGCCGACGCGUUUGUGCCAAACUCGUUAGCAGGCGCUGCUGGAGCCCAGCCUGGGGGAUCUGAAGACGCAGAGAACGAGGGGAACGCAGAGGACGAGGAUGGUGCAGAGGACGAGGGGGACGAGGAGGGAAGCGGAGACGAAGAGUUGUUGGCUCAGAUUGAGUCGCUCUUCCCAUCUGCCUUUGGGAAAAGCCUCAAAGGCCAUGGGCCUGAACCUGGCUUCUCGGACUUUUCCUCGGCUGCCUCGACCCUAGAAGACGCCUCUCCGGUCUCUACAAACGCCGCAGGUGGAGGCGGAGGGAGAGACCGAGGCCGACGAGGAGGGAGAAGUCGAGGUCCGCAUUCUGGACCGAAAUUUGGGCGGCCGUUCGGCGCUGCGCAUGCGCCAGCCUCUUCCUUCCCACAAGCUGCCUUGUCGCCUCACCAAGCGGUCAACGCCCCGCCGCACCCUGGCGCGCGUCCUCCAUCUUCAGGUGUACAGACACCGGAGCCAGCCGGCGCUGGAGCUGCGUCGGCAGAUGGCCAGGGCAACUUUCCUGGCGCGCAUGCGGGAUGCGGCUCGCUGGGAGAGGACGGGAGAACGUUCGGUUACCACAGAGGCGGCGGUCGAGGCAGAGGAAGAGGAUUCUGGAGAGGGGGACGAGAGCGGAGAGGAGGACGAAGCUUUCGAAGAGGACAAGGCGUUAAAAACCACUAACGAGACGGGAGAUGUGUGUUCAGUCCACGUGAACGUUCGUCCUCUGACUUCUCUACAGUUUCCGUCCUCUCGCUCGAAACAGAAGAAGACAGAAGAAAGAAGAAGAGAGGAUGUGGGAUAGACAGGUACGUAUCUGUAUAUGCGUGCGUUGCGUCGCUUGUCUUUCCUGAACGUCGACUCCGCAUCGAGGCGGGGACACUGAGUGAGGCUUUGAACGCGUCGCACUUCCGUCCGUUGACCGUCGUCAACUUUCUUUUGCCGCAGACGGCAAAGACGAACGGGAAGCGCAUUUCGCGAACCGUUUCUUCAGGUCCCUCGGCUGCCUCCCCUUUUCUCUCGCAAGGACCGAGAAGAGACCGAGAAGAGACCGAGACGACUCCCCUUUCGAAUUCUGACAGAAAGGCGUCGAACGUCUGUCCCUUUGGCACCUGGGGCGACGGAGGGGAAAGUGGCAAUGCCAGCUGGGGUGUACGUUGUGUACACCUCAGCGAAAGGGGGGUCGCGUGGGCCGAGCGCGGCGCAUCGUUUUUCAGACAUUGGUGUUCGGUAUUUAGUACGUUGUUAUGCGCUCGUUCUGUCGUUUUUCCUGUCCCUCGACAGACAUUCUCUUGUCCCUGUGGCAACCCUCUCUGAAAGACGCGU